AUGGAUCAGAUUAUGUAAGAGAAGAUCAACAGUUCAGAUUAGCUGGGGUAUUUAUAUAUUCGGCAAAGCUUAAACCCUGAUAUCUUUUAGCAAAAAGUUGAAGCCUCUCCAACGCAGAAACCCUAGAGGCCGCGCAAGCUCUGAUCCAACAUGGGGGCUUACAAGUACGUCUCUGAGCUAUGGAGGAAGAAGCAAUCAGAUGUUAUGAGGUUUUUGCAGAGGGUUAGAUGCUGGGAAUACCGCCAGCUCCCAUCGAUCGUUCGGGUCACUCGACCCACUCGCCCUGACAAGGCUCGCCGACUGGGUUUCAAGGCCAAGCAGGGGUAUGUUGUUUAUCGUGUCCGUGUUAGGCGUGGAGGUCGCAAGAGGCCCGUCCCUAAGGGUAUUGUGUACGGUAAGCCUACAAACCAGGGUAUUACCCAGUUGAAGUUUCAGAGAAACAAGAGGUCAGUCGCAGAAGAGCGUGCUGGUCGCAAAUUGGGUGGGCUGAAGGUCCUCAACUCCUACUGGCUUAAUGAGGAUUCAACAUACAAAUAUUAUGAGGUAAUCCUUGUGGAUGCUGCUCACAAUGCAAUCCGCAAUGACCCAAGAAUCAACUGGAUAUGCAAGCCUGUCCACAAGCACAGGGAGCUUCGUGGGCUCACUUCUGCUGGAAAGAAGUACAGGGGUCUCAAUGGAAAGGGACACUUGCACCACAAGGCACGCCCAUCCCGAAGGGCAACCUGGAAGAGGAACAACACCCUCUCCCUCCGUCGCUACCGUUAAUUACAUUGAUAUUACUUUGUGUUUUGUUUUUGUUCUGGUUCCGGGAGUUUUAGUUAUUUGGAUGUAGAAUUCAUUUUGGGAGAUGAAAAUUUUGAAUUUAGAAAUGUUAAACAUCCUUGACUUGUUUUGGAAUAUUUUGGAUCAAAGUUGCAAACAUAUUUCACUUGCCCGCA